AUGCAUUCUCUGCAAGCGAAGAUCAACAAGACAUUCACCGAGUCCGCCCUCGCACAGUAUGGAAGAAACAUCCGGUCGUCACCACGACAGUUAUUCCUCAACCGCCACUUGACCUUCACGGCGCUCUUCUACGCCACGGGAGCGAUUCCCCAGACAUGGGACCAAGGCUCUUCUAGCACGAUUGCAAAUCUGACUUCCUUCCAACAUCACUUUGGGAUCAGCUCUGGUACCAAUGCCAGUGCUAUCAAGAACUUCAUCUCUUUCUUCUAUAUCGGUGCUGCAGUGGGCGCUUUCCUGUGCUUCUUCAUUAAUGACAGAAUCGGUCGGCUUUGGUCCCUUCGACUCUACAUGCUCGUGUGGAUUGUCGGUCAGAUGACUGCUGUUGGCGCUCCAAGAGGAACCUCAGGCUUGUACGCCGCUAGGAUCAUCUCCGGAAUGGGCAUGGGCGCGCUCUGCUCGACUGCAAACAUGUCGCUGGCUGAGAUCGCUCCAGCAGAGAUCAGAGGUCUACUCGUGUCCUGGUACGCCGUCGCCAUGGGGGUGGCUUUGGUGUGCUCGAAUUUCUGUGUCCUCGGCGUGUACCUCCACGUUGCACCAAUUAGGCUUCAAUAUCAGAUCGUCUGGUUCGCUCCCUGCAUCUGUCUGUUUGUCUGGAUCAUCGCUAGCUUUUGGGCUUGCGAAUCCCCUCGAUGGCUCUUCCUAACGGACAGACCAGAUCAGGCUGUCAAUGCUUUGGUCCAACUUCGAAGCUUGCCAGCUGAUCACCCUCGUGUACAAUUUGAGAUCGAAGAGAUCAAAGAAUCGGUCAGGAAACAGACGCAAUUCCAGCCUGCUAACAGCCGCACACCUGGAUUGUGGUUCAUCGUCAAAGAUGCAUUCACUGUGCCCGCCAACCUCCGACGUUUCCAACAGGUCUUCGUCUUCUACAUCCUGCAAGCAAUCACCGGAGCGAACUCAAUCACAUCUUAUCUAGUUCCAAUCUUGGCCAUCAUUGGCGACACCGGAGGCACUGCUCGCCACAUCUUCAUUAGUGGCAUGUAUGGAGUGGCAAAGCUUUGUUUCGCGCUCAUUUCGAGCUUCUUCUUGAUUGAUGCUUUGGGCAGACGGAAGUCCCUCUUCAUCGGAGCUACUACACAGAUGAUUACAGACAUCUAUAUUGGCGUUUUUAUCAAAGUUCAGCAGUCCCAAAGCGUCUCUCACGGAGCAUCCGAAGGCGCUAUUGCAAUGAUCUUCAUCCAUGCAUUCGGAUACGCUGUUGGUAUGUACCUGUUCGGCGGAGAAAUCUGGCCAAACCAUCUCCGAUCGUUCGGCUCCAGUGUAACCCAAGUCUUCCACUGGCUCCUCCACUACGCCAUGAGCUACGCAACUCCAUCCCUACUUGAAGCAACAGACAACUGGGGAGCAUUCAUCUUCUUCGCCGCUUGGUGUGCCGUGACGAUCCUCUAUGUCUUUCUGUUCGUGCCAGAGACAGCGGGCAUUUCAGUCGAAGAGCUGGACGAGCUGUUCCAAGGGUCUUGGUUCAAUGCCUAUCGACGCAAGAGCCGUCCGAAGACGAGCGUCGUUCUGGAUGGGGAAGAUGGUGAUGAUGUAAGGUGA